CGCCAGCCGCGGCAAGUCCGCCGGCGGCGGCGGGAGCUCUCCCGCGCCGCGGGGCAGCCGCUCGCGCUCGGGCUCGCGCCGGAAGGGGGCCAGCAGCGACCAGGAGGACCUGCGACCGGCGCUGCUGAAGAAGAAGGGAAAGAAAAAGAAGGCUCAGCGCGACAAGCAGGAGUCCCCAGCUGCCUCGCCGGGGCGACGCUCGGCGAAGGAGGCCAAAGCCUCCUCUCGGGCUCGCGACGCGAGCAAGGAGGGCUCCAGACCCCGGAGCCGGAGCCGCAGCGGCGCCGAGAAGAG